CCCAUCUUCCCAAAACCCAAAGUCUUGGUCUUCGUUCAUCACACUUUUCUGCUGAAUUACUGAAAAUUCCUCAAUUCUCCCAAAUCCUUCCUCCGUCCAUGCCCGGCCCCGGCAUUAUCGCCGCCGAGUGCGCACCGGAGGCGGCCGAGGCGCCGUCUGACCUCGCAUUCGAUGAUUUCUCCUCCCAAUUCGACGGAUUACCCAUCCCCUCCAUGGACGCGCUUUUCGUCGAAAAUGGUGUUGGCACACUGAAUACUCACGCCUUCGCUUCCGAUCUCGAAUUUCCCAUGGAUUUUGGCGACGGCGGUGACUAUGAAAUCACCUUCGACGACCUCGAUAACCUUUACAUCCCCUCCGAUGCCGACGAUUUUCUCCUCCCCGACGCAUGCAACCCUAAUGGCGACCUGAUUUUGCCGACGAACGAUGAUCUAGGCGAUUGUUCUGGUAAGAAUUCCGAUUGCGACGCCGCUAAUUCAGACUCGCCGGAAUCAGGAUCCUGUGCUGUUUAUGGCGAUCGGAGCUCCGGUGUUUCUAGGUUUUUGAAUUCUCAGUCCUCCUCGGAGUCAGGCAGCUGCAAGCGCGAGCUUUCACCGAAUCCUCGUGACUCUGCUGUUGUGAAAGACUCGAGCUUUCCGUCGCAUGAUUCUGAUUCGUUCGGCGAAAGGGAAGAGUCGUCGAAUGGUGCGAUUUCUUCGCGGGGUUCGGGGAACGGUAGCGGGUCGGGUGUAUACGAAACCAUGAACUCUCCCUCACCUGAUUGUUGCCGUUACGAGAGGGAAAUUUCAUCGACACACGCACAUACAAUUUUGGAUCGGAACGUGAAAUUGGAGGAUAAUGGAAAAGGUUGUGAUCUGAAGAGAAAGCAAGAUCAGAGUGAAGGGAGUGCUGAGACUAGAACAACCAAAUUCAGAAGAUCAUCAGCGCCUGUGGAGAACAAGACCCAACAGAAUGUGGUGGUUGAUGACGACGACGAGAAGAGGAAGGCCAGAUUGAUGAGAAACAGGGAAAGUGCACAGCUUUCGAGGCAGAGGAAGAAGCACUAUGUGGAAGAGCUUGAGGAGAAGGUGCGGUCAAUGCAUUCAACAAUUGCUGAUUUGAGUAGCAAGAUUUCGUUUGUGAUGGCUGAGAACGCCACUUUAAGGCAGCAAUUGGGUGUUGGUGGGAUGUGCCCUCCUCCCCCACCUGUUCCUGGGAUGUAUCCUCAUGCUCCUCCCAUGGCCCACAUGCCUUAUACAUGGAUGCCAUGUGCUCCAUAUGUUGUUAAGCCUCAAGGAUCUCAGGUUCCCUUGGUCCCCAUUCCAAAGUUGAAGCCUCAGCAACCUGCUUCUUCAUCAAAGAGUAAGAAGUCUGAGGGUAAGAAAAGUGAGGUGAAAACUAAGAAGGUUGCUAGCAUUAGUUUGUUGGGUCUGUUUUUCUUUAUACUGCUUUUUGGUGGGCUUGUUCCUAUCGUGGAUGUCAAGUUUGGUGGCUUAGUGGGGUAUGUUCCUCGUAGGUCUAGCUAUGUUACUGAUAGGUUGUAUAAUCAUCAAGGUGGAGGGAAGGUGUGGCCUGUGAAUGGUCCUAGGAAUGGAUCUGAAAGAGACGAGGAUAUAGGGUAUUCCAAUGGGAGGUUUAGUAUUUCCGACCACAGAGAUUAUGAGAGGGGUCGGAAACUAGGAGAGGAAUCUCAUGAACGGCAAGACCCACGAUGCGAUGAAUUCGGCCAUCGUGGCAAUGCCAGUGAGCCCCUCCUUGCUUCGCUGUAUGUCCCUAGGAAUGAUAAGCUGGUGAAGAUUGAUGGAAACUUGAUAAUCCAUUCUAUACUGGCUGGUGAGAAAGCUAUGGCUUCUCAGACUCAUGAGGCAAAGAAGGAGAAUAAAGAAACUGGUUUGGUCAUUACUAAGGAUUGGGAUUCUGCUUUGGCAAUUCCUGAAGUUGGAAGAAAUAGAGGUCAGCAUCCUCAUGUGUAUACAGUUCCACCUGAGCAGAGGAAGGCUCUUGGUUCUGGUUCAACCAAAACUUUAAAGGACCACAUGAAGUCCUCUGCAAGUGAUGGUAAAAUGCAACAGUGGUUCCGUGAAGGCCUUGCAGGACCAAUGUUAAGUUCAGGCAUGUGCACAGAAGUCUUCCAGUUUGAUGCCUCUCCAAAACCUGGCGCCAUAGUUCCGGCAACAUCAGUUGCCAAUGUUUCUCGGGAGAGCCGCCAGAAUGGUACAGCACUUAACAAGACCAGGAACAGAAGAAUCCUCCAUGGGCUCCCAGGUCACCUUGAUGGAACCAGUCUGAACCUAACUGAAGACCAUGUAAGGAAUUCAGAGAGUGACCACUUCCAUGGUAAUAAAUCUUCCAUGGUGGUUUCAGUGCUUGUUGAUCCCAAAGAGGCCGCAGAUAGUGAUGUCGACGGUGUGAUGUCUCCAAAAUCGAUCUCUCGGAUAUUUGUGGUUGUGCUCAUGGACAGUGUCAAGUAUGUCACAUACUCGUGUGGUCUUCCUCGUUUGUCUCCGCAUCUAGUGACUGCUUGAGAAAACGUUUUGACAGCACAGAACCUACCAUCUAAUACAAGUUAUAGUUUCAGUUUUGUACAUAACCAACGCAACUUAAUUUGCAAUGCCUUAAGUGGGAUUAACAAACUGUACUGAGUUGAGAUUUUUAUAACUUCUAUAAUAUGAUGCGAAUAUAGUUGAUUU